CGACGCUAAAGCACCCCUAAAAAAUCCCCAAAAAGUUCAAACCAAAGCUCCAUUAAAUCCCUGCCCUGCCCUGCGCCCCUGCCCCCGCAUCUCCGGAUCCAUGGGCUGCUUCCUCGCCUGCUUCGGCGGCGACGGCGACCAGCGGCGCCGCCGGCGGAAGUCGCCGAGGCAGUCACCGGCGAGGUCCCCGCCGCGGCCGAAUCAUGUUGGGGCUGCUGUGGUCCGCAAGGCGUCGCUGGCGGCGGCGGAUGUGGUGGUGAAGGAAGCGUCGCCGCCGUUGCGCGGGGCGAAGCCUUCGACGCCGGCGGCGGCUACGGAUGCCCCGAAUGAGGUGUUCGGCGAGGCGGCGGCCGAUGUGGUGCUGAACGAGGCGUCUCUGCCGUUGCACGGGGCGAAGGCUUCGACGCCGCCGUUGGCUGUGAAGGUCGCGGAUGAAGUGGUCGCCGACGCGGGCCCCGGCAAGGAGCUGAGGGAGUUGAGUGAGCAGAAGGCAUCACCUGUGUGCUCUUUGCCGCUGGAGAAGCAAGCCACGCCACCACUCUCCCCUGUCAAAUGUUCUCCUGUGGUGGCAGGAGUUGUUUCCACACAGGAUUCAGUGAAAUGUUCUCCUGUGGUUGCAGCAGUUGUUUCUACUCCUGAUUCAGAGCUCAGGGAGCUGAGUGAUCAUGGGAGUCAGAGCAGUGGCAAGAAGAGAGUAACGUUUGACAUGAAUGCUACAACAUAUGAAAAUGCAGAAGCGUCUGACCCAGAUGAGGAACCACCAGAGGUUGUCAUCUACGCUGAAGAUGAAGAUGAAAACCAUGCGCAGAAGACUGUGGUGCUCCCAGAGAAUCACCGGUACCGGAAUUGCUGUGACAGCGAUGACGAUGUUGGAGAUGAGUACGCUGAGGAUGAUGUAUACGGUGAUGAUAGUGAUGAAGAGGAGGAGGAUUAUGUGGACUGCAAGAUUGAUUUACUGGAUGAGGAGGAAUUGAGCAGUGAAGAGAACAAGCAGGAGUCUCAUGAGUCUCUGUUCUCACUGCCAAUGUCUAAUGAUCAGCAGAAUGAUCAAGAAGUUAUCAGUCCUGUGCCCAAGAGCAGUGGUACCUCUGUAGAGGAAGAAAGCCCUCUGAUUAGAGGAAACAAUCCCCGUGAUAGAAGCAAGUAUGUUUUUCCUGUGCUGAACCCGGUUCAGAAUAUGUCACAGUGGAAGGAAGCUAAGAGUCUCAAGAACCAAGCCGUACUAGGUGAAAAAUUGGACAAGGAGAAUGUAAACUUAGUGCCAGAUGUAGGUGUAAACCAGACAAAGAUGAACACUAGCAACUCUAGCAAAAAAGAAGUUUCUGUGGACGCAAGCCUCUCUACUUGGUUGGCUUCUUCUGAAAACUCAACAGUGGACAAGGUGCAAAGUAAAUCUCCUUGUUCCAUCUCCUCGGUAAGCCGAGAGGAAAAGCCUGUCCUGGGUGCUCUGACUGUUGGUGACCUUAAGCAAUUGCCAGAUGCAUCAUCUCCACGAAGGUCUCCAAUCCAUAACCGUGAGGGGGCUACGAUCUCAGCUACAAUGGGAAGUAACUGGAGUUGUACAAAGCAUGACACCGAGUACUGUUCUUCUGGAUCCGAUUUAGGAACUAAUGGAAUCCCCAAUACAACAAGCAAGUACAGAGAGGACAAAAGGGUGAACUGGCACUCGACGCCCUUCAAUGUCAGGCUGGAUAGAGCUCUGAAGAAAACUUCUACAUGAGUUGUUGCUGUUUAUUCAAAGUCAGAGAGAUUGAGUCUUUGUUCAAUGUGUGAUCACAACAAAAUUCCCGCUCCAAGCACUGCCUUGCCGAUACACACUUUGUUCCUCUUUGUUUAGUCUUGUAUUUUUCGAGUGCGAAUCCGACUACUUUUAUGUACAUUGGAGUGGAUAUGCACCUUUCAUGUCCAUGCUGCUGGAUACAGAAGUGCUGGAAAGUGGAAACUUAAGAUUGUUUCCGAUUGUAUAUUGCAAAUGAUUGUAAAUUGUGAUAAAAAAAGACCAUCUAGUGUUCUUGUGUC